AUGGCUGUCGCUGAGAAUGCUGGUCUGAAAGUGGACUCUUCUGGUCAGAAUUUAGACAACAACACUGCUUCAGCUACCGAGACGAAGCCGCCAUGUCCAGAUGAUGAUCAGACCCUUAAAUCUGAUUCAUCGAACCCUCGAGCCGAUGAUUCGACUACCGAUGAUCGGACCAAUGACUCUGCCAAAAAUGGUCAGACCCCAAAUGGGUUUAUCAGAAAUGCUUUCGGGUCGGAAUCGGAGAAUGGAGGGAGUCUGAAGAGUGAGAUCAAACAUUUGGCUGAUGCGUUUUCUAAGCUGAAUCCGAUGGCUAAGGAAUUUGUUCCUCCUUCACUGGCUCGAAGUCAAUCUGGGGUUUUCAGAAAUGGAUUAGGGUUUAGUAACAAUUUUGCAAUGCAACCUGUUCUUGCAGAUGGGAAUGAUCAUUUCCCCAGAAGGAGAAGGAGUUUUGGCCAAGGGAAGCGAAGAAUGAACAAAAGGACUAGCUUGGCUCAGAAGGAGGAUGUAAUCAAGAGAACUGUGUACGUCUCUGACAUCGAUCGACAGGUUACUGAGGAGCAGCUCGCAGGAGUCUUUCUUAAUUGUGGACAGGUUGUUGAUUGUCGUGUUUGUGGUGACCCUAAUUCUGUCCUUCGUUUCGCUUUCAUUGAAUUCACCGAUGAAGAGGGAGCUAGGGCUGCUUUGAACAUGUCGGGAAGGGUGCUCGGUUUCCACCCUCUUAAGGUGCUUCCAUCCAAAACCGCUAUUGCCCCUGUUAACCCGACUUUCCUUCCACGGUCUGAGGAUGAGCGUGAGAUGUGCGUGAGGACUGUUUACUGUACCAACAUUGACAAGCGGAUCACUCAAACUGACUUGAAAACCUUCUUUCAAAUGUUUUGCGGAGAGGUUCAUCGUCUGAGGCUUGGAGACUAUCACCACCAAACCCGCAUUGCUUUUGUUGAGUUUGCGCUGGCGGAAAGUGCAAUUGCUGCUCUUCACUACAGUGGUAGUGUCUUGGGUGCCCUCCCAAUAAGGGUAAGCCCAUCAAAGACACCAGUAAGGCCACACUUUCCUAGACCUGAAUGCAACUGA